AGAAUUCAUCCAUCAGACCCGGCAUGUCGGCCGACUUGUGACCCCCCCCCCAAAAAACGUUCCCCUAGAUCCGCCCUUGACCAGCGGCAGCAACUGACAUCAGUCUAAAAGGUCAUAUUUGACCUUGGUUGACUUUAAAACUAGCUAUAAGUUUCCUUUUAGGGUAUCUGGGCUCGUGGCAAUACAUUCUUAUGAUGAAAAUUGCCCCUAUUCUUCUUUCACUUCGUGCCAAAGACGUAAAGUUUUGAAUUGGCUACCUAUUUCUUAGUGCUGAGAGGAGCAAACAUCAUUUUUCAGUGCCUCGAUUUCCAACUUGUGUCUGUCAAACAAUUUGUCUAGCUUUAAUUGAAAAAGGCAUUUAUACUUUUUAAGCUUACAAGUCUUAAAUCCAUAUUCCUUUUAAGUAAAAAAAAAUAUUUUCUGAUUUUUUACAACACUAGCCCUCUCGCUUCCUUUUCCGUUUCGACGCGUUUGGGGACGGGGUGUCCCCGGUGAACUGUUCAGUAUGGCGUUGGCACGCCCCCUGAUCACCGUCUACGAUGAGAAGAACGAGAAGACCGGGCAGACGGUGUCUCUGCCGGCCGUGUUCCGGGCGCCCAUCCGGCCCGACGUGGUCAACUUUGUCCACCAGAACAUGUCCAAGAACGCCCGCCAGCCGUACUGCGUGAGCCGCCUGGCCGGCCACCAGACGUCGGCCGAGUCGUGGGGCACCGGCCGCGCCGUGGCGCGUAUCCCGCGUGUGCGCGGCGGCGGUACCCACCGCUCCGGCCAGGGAGCGUUCGGCAACAUGUGCCGCGGCGGCCGCCGCUUCGCGCCCACCAAGCAGUGGCGCCGCUGGCACCGCAAGAUCAGCGUCAACAUGAAGCGCUAUGCCGUGUGCUCGGCGGUGGCGGCCACAGGCGUGCCCGGCCUGGUCAUGUCCAAGGGCCACAUGAUCCAGGAGACGAACGAGGUGCCGCUGGUGGUCAGCGACAAGGUGCAGGAGUUCACCACCACCAAGCAGGCGGUCAGCUUCCUCCGCCAGACCAACUCCUGGCCCGACAUCCAGAAGGUGUACAAGUCGCAGCGCACGCGUGCCGGCAAGGGAAAGCUGCGCAACCGGCGCCGCGUGCAGCGCAAGGGCCCGAUCGUGGUGUUCGCCAAGGACCAGGGCCUGAGCCUGGCGUUCCGCAACAUCCCCGGCAUCGACACCAUCAACGUGGAGGCGCUGAACCUGCUGAAGCUGGCGCCGGGCGGCCACGUCGGCCGCUUCACCAUCUGGACCGAGUCGGCCUUCAAGAAGCUGGACUCCCUGUACGGCACGUGGCGUGCUCCCUCCACCCUGAAGAAGGGCUUCAACCUGCCUUCCACCAAGAUGGCCAACACCGACCUGGCUGCUCUGCUCAAGGCGCCGGAGAUCCUGCGCGUCUGCAGGAGGCCCAACAAGGUGGUGGCCAAGCGGCAGUCCAAGCGCAACCCGCUGCGUAACGUGCACGCCAUGCUGCGGCUCAACCCGUACGCUGCUGUCGUUAAGCAGGCGGCGCUCGGCGAGGAGAAGAAGGCCACUGAGCUCAAGGCGGCGCGCGCCGACAAGGCCAAGAAAGCGGCCGCCUCCCGGAAGCCCAAGAAGGUGGACGAGGAGGUACAGAAGCGUAAGCAGGCCCGCCAGGAGGCCGGCAAGAAGAAACUCGAAGCCGUCAAGGCCAAAAUUGCCGCGUCCAAGGCCAAGAAGGGCAAGAAGUAAACUUGUCCCCACGGCUGAGGCUAAGACAUUGCCUUUCAAUAUAUUAUAAUUCCCGGUU